GCAAUAGAUGGCUCUGGGGUGGAGCAGUGCCCCAGUGUAAACAUGCGCUCUCAGCUGUUAGCAUGAGGGAGAAUUUCUUCUCAUUUCUCAUCCCUCUUGAACAUGCCAUAGCCCACAAUAUGGAUCCAGCAACAUUCUUUGGGAUCAGACAUAGGGAACUAUAACCUGUGGUUCCAGCCAAUGCUGAUGACUCUGAUGAUGACGUGGCUGAUCCAGAUUUCAAUCCUAAAACAGUUGGUAAUAUUGGAUUUGAGAGUGAUGAGUCUGAUGACAUGGGUGAGGGUAACCAAAAUCUGCUUGCCCAUGAAGAAAGAACUGCUUCUAGUCAGCAGCCAAAGAGACCAUGUACCAAAAAGCGUAGAACAUGCAGAAACAAUAUUGAUGUAGUUCAGUCUAACCCUGAGCUUCCUGAUGAGCCUCUCUUGCGAGAACGACAGUGGAGGAAGAGGGACAUUGAAAAUCUCUAUCCACCAGAGACUGAUUAUACCAAGCCUGAUAAUAUCCAAACACCUUACCAAUACUUUUCUCAGUUCUUUACACAUGAUAUGGUUAGUCAUAUAGCACACAACACAAAUUUGUAUUCAGUUCAGGAGCUAACCAAGAGUAUUGAGACAGAUGACAAUGAAAUGCAAACAUUUCUUGCAGUGUUACUGUAUAUGGGGAUAUGUCAUUUGCCAGCAGUCGAUGACUACUGGAGUGUGCAGCUGCGGUAUAACCUAGUUGCUGAUAUCAUGAGAUUCAAAUGCCUGAAAAGGUACAUACACUUCACUGAUAACAAUGGUGUGCAGAACGAAGAGGAUAAAUUUUGGAAAGUUAGGCCACUGUUUGAAAUGUUUCGUGAACAGUGCAAAAAGAUAGAAAGCAGCACAUUCCAGAGUGUAGAUGAAGUAAUGGUUCCCUACAAAGGUAGAAAAGCAGGAAAACUACGCCAGUAUAUAAAAAAUAAACCCCACAAAUGGAGUUACAAAAUCUUUUGCAGGUCAAGCUCUUGUAGUCCAGUAAAUCUAGGGUUCAACCUAAAACAAAUUGCAAUAGAUUGUUUCUCACUUGUGAGUGACUUGACUAGUCCUCAGGUACAUCAUACUAAAAAUCCCCAUGAAUCCAUGUGGUGGAAGGGGGUCAAUGGCGGCCAUUUUGGAAUUUUCUUAAAAGUCAUAUAUCUGGUAAAAUAAUAGUUUUAUCAGGAAACACAACUCAAUAAAAAUUGUUCAGAAUUGAUUGUUUUAUAGCAAUGGCAGGUUAUUUUACAAAGAUAAAUAAAUAUAUAGGAAAAAAUAAUAAAAUAUUAAAUUUUGAUUGCUGAUUUUAUUUUCAAAGACAUAUUCCUCAGAACUAGUGGCAUCCAUGACAAAAUGCAUCGAAGUAAAAAUUGUAGAACAAACUUUCCUCUUCUGAUAUAUAUAUACAAGUUUAUGCAUAUUUUAAAAAUUGACAAAGUUAUGAGGGAAAAUAUACAAAAAGCCAUCCUUAAAAAAAUAAUAAUAAAUACCUCGUCAAACCUUAAAAUUUAUUACAUUAUAAUGUUUCUCAACACUUAGUAAUAAUUAGUAUCAUGCUAUGAAAAGGUUUUUUUCCCUUCAUUUCAGAAACCAAAUUGCACAAAAGUUUUUUUUUUCAUCUUACAAAUAAUGAAACUUAAUUUCUGAUGUAGUAAUUUAUUAUUAAUGUUGUCUGUUCUCCUAAACCCAUAUGAAAAAAUAAUAAACUAUUGAAAUUGAAUAAAUGUGCUAAUUUUCAAA